UGGACAUCUAUAUAUUCGUUUACCAUCAGCAUCAUGAUCUACAACAUGUACAUUUUUGACAGGCACUGUCAGUGCAUCUACUAUCAUGACUGGCAUAGAGGCCACACAGCUAAAAAUGCGUUUGACCAACACGGUGAUCCAUUGGCAUCCCACGCCAGCGCAAGUGGUGGUGGAGGAGGAUCAACAACGACGACCACAACCAUGACAGAUCCACGGCAGGGCAUGAACAUGUCACUUGAGGAGGAAGGAAAAUUGGUCUAUGGUGUAGUCUAUUCACUCAGAAAUCUGGUCAAGAAACUUGGAAAAGGCCAACAAGACGGAUUUAUUGCUUACAGGACUUCACAUUAUAAACUUCAUUAUUACGAGACACUAACGGGACUCAAGUUUGUCCUCAACUCGGAUCCAGGAGUGGAAUCACUUCAACAAGCUCUACGCCAGAUCUAUACCCAGCUCUAUGUUGAGCUCGUGAUCAAAAAUCCAUUGGCGAAUGCGGGCUCGAAUGGGGCAAGUGUGAACCCAGAGACGAUGGGUGCUGAAGGCUUCAGGAACGGGGUUGAUCGCUUUGUACGCUCGUUAACUAUGUUCGAUACCCUUUAACCAAC